AUGGAUACUGAAGUUGAUGUUGCACCUGAAGUAUUAUUUCGCCCUGCAAAGCGACGCAAGUUCAUCCCACGACGCAUAAAUGAUACAGACUCCAGCGCCGCAAGCGAAGCCGCCACUCCCAGCAGAAAUGACAACCAAACUCCUGAAGUCCUAUCCACAGGGGACGAAGACCAGAGUGAACAGCCUACAAAUGUGGUUCGUCUACGGCGCCCGCAGCAAUCUCGAAAAGGGGGCAUAGGGUUCUCAACCACUUCGCGAUCAAAGGACGGCAAUCGAAAGACGGCGUCGGCAUCUGCGGACGAAAUGGAGAUGGACAGAAUUCAGGCAAUGGGUGAUCGGUUCACGACAUAUACAGGGCAGUCAGAGGAUGUGGAUAAGCACAUGAUGGCCUUUAUAGAUUCCGAGAUGGCUAAGCGAUCUCAACGCAGCCCACUACCAGACAAUGCCGAAGCCCAUAACUUGGCUAAGUCACAAAAUACUAGCGAAGAGUUGAAACAAGAACAGCAGCGCGCGCCCGCCUCGCUAGGCAAGUUGCAUGAAAUCGACCUUGGCCAGGAGACGACGAUGCAGAAUAUUGCGCGCACCGAAGCUGCCCGGAGACGAAUGGCUGGUGACGAAGACUUUCCAAAUCCCGGCGAGGUUCAACCCCACGCAGGCCGUUCUGGCCCCGAUAAACCAUGGCGCAACCGCAAGCGACGUACCAGCGCUGACAUCGAACGCGACCGCCUUGUGGACGAGGUCAUGCGUGAAAGCAGACUGGAUAUCUAUGACGAACCGGAGGAAGAAGGGCUACCGGAUGAUCAAGCGGCGGAUGACCGAAUUGCCGAGAAGUUCCGUCAAGACUUCAUGGAUGCUAUUCAAUCCCGGCGACGGCUUCGAACAACCCGCCCCACAGCGGAAAAGACAGAAGCACCUAAGGGACCGAAGCUGGGUGGAAGCCGCAGCGCGCGAGCUGCAAUGCGAGAGAUGCAGAGCAAGACCGGACAGAAAUGA